AUGCCCCAUAUCGAUAUACGAUCCGGACGUUCCUAUGGCACACUCGGCAACAUGGAACAACAACGCAACGACGAGGAAGGAGAUCGACUCCUUCAUGGUGAAAGUGGAUAUUUGAAUGAAAGAAAUCUUGACGGUGAUGAUUCGUCAGUGGAUGAGGUUCAGGAAGGCGUUCGGAAGAUUGAGGCCAUCAACAUGACAUGGACCUCUCGGACUUUGGUUGUAGCUUAUAUUAGUAUCUUUCUCAUGGCUUUCUGUACAUCUCUGGAAAGCCAAACCCUCAUGUCAUUGUCGGCAUAUGCGACCAGUGCAUUUAGCAAACAUUCAUUGAUCUCGACGGUUCUUGUGGUCCAGAAUGUGGUCAAUGCUGUGAUCAAACCUCCCAUGGCCAAAGUGGCCGAUGUUUUCGGUCGCUUUGAAGCGUUCUGUUUGAGUAUCCUGAUUUAUGUCCUUGGUUAUAUUCAGAUGGCCGCAUCGAACAAUGUGCAAGCCUACGCAUCAGCACAGAUCUUUUACUCCGCCGGCUCGACAGGUUUGCAGAUCUUGCAGCAAGUGUUCAUCGCAGACAGCAGUAGUCUUUUGAAUCGUGCGCUAUUGGCCCUUCUGCCCGAGCUCCCAUUUCUCGUUACUGUUUGGAUAGGCCCAACGAUCGCAGAUGCCGUCCUUAGACAUACAUCGUGGCGCUGGGGUUAUGGAAUGUGGUCGAUCAUUUUGCCCGCCUCUUUUCUCCCUUUGGCUCUUUCGCUGCUGCUGAACCAACGAAAGGCUCGGAGGUUGAACCUCAUUAAGACCAGGUCGAGUCGACGACGCGGUAUCCUCAGUGUGAUCCGACGCACGUGGUAUGACCUGGACAUGUUUGGCUUGAUCCUCUUGUCCUCCGCCGUUACCUUGAUUCUAGUACCCUUGACACUUGCCGCCAAUGCCCAAGAUGGUUGGAGGAAUAAGAGGAUUAUUUCCAUGAUCGCAGUGGGUCUUGUGUGUCUGAUUGUUCUGCCCCUUUGGGAAACUUCGAAGAGAUUUGCACCGAAACCUCUCUUGUCGCUGCAUCUUCUCAAACAGCGAACUGCUGUCGCAGGCUGUGUAUUGGCCUUCUUUUAUUUCAUGGCUUUCUUCUUCUCCGUCCAGCCGUAUCUCUACUCUUAUCUCCAAGUCGUUCAGGGAUAUGAUGUCUCCACUGCGGGCCGUGUGACCCAGACAUUUGCAUUCACUUCAACCAUUGCAGCAUUUACGGUCUCCAUCCUCAUCAAAUACACGCGACGGUACCGAAAAUUCGUUACCAUAGGCUGUGUCAUUUACAUCGUCGGUCUGCUGUUGAUGCUGCUAUAUCGACGAGAGGGCAGCUCGCAAGUGCAGAUUCUGGGAACCCAAGUUAUUGUGGGUAUUGGAGGUGGACUUCUCAAUGUACCCGUGCAACUGGGAGUCCAGGCAUCUGCCAGUCACCAGGAAGUCGCGGCUGCCACAGCCAUGUUCCUAACCUCGAUGGAAAUGGGAGGUGCGGUAGGCGCUGCGAUCUCCGGGGCUGUCUGGACACAUAGCAUCCCUCGCAAGCUGCUUGUGUACCUUCCUGAGGAGACCAGAGGUGAGGCCGAAGAGAUUUUUGGGAAGUUAACCAAAGCUCUGUCAUAUCCAUUUGGAUCUCCGACUCGGAUUGCGAUCAACCGGGCUUACCAGGAGACCAUGAACAAACUAUUGGUGUUGGCGGUCAUCGCUUCUAUUCCUUUGAUUCCGCUGAGUCUUCUCAUGGUGAACUACAGGCUGGAUAAGGUGAGAUACCCGCCCAUGGCUUUUUUUCUUCAUUGUACAGGACUAAUGAUUUCCACCAGAUGA